AUGCAGCAAUUCAAUUGCUCUCUCAAUCGUCACCGAUGCUUGAGUGAGAAGGUCUUCAAACAAGGAACUGGAAAAAAACCAAAGAAGUGGGGAAAGAUUGACCCAAAGAAAUGGAAUAUUCAUAUUCCAUUUCAAUAUAUCUUCUUCACCGACACAAUGUAUAUGAUUGUUUUGAUGCAUUCUUCUAUAAACAGUGUCGAGAUGGUCUCAAGGGAGCAAGUCAAAGCAUUAAGGGAUGUUGUUCAUGAUAAUCUUCUAAUUCAAUGUGCACAAGAAGAUGGCCGAUGGAUGCUGCAGGGAUGGAAGGGACGGAUUGUUAAUGCAUCCUCCGCCUCUACACCCUACCGUCUCGUGAAGCUUCGU